UGGAGGCUGGUCUUGGAGCCAGAAGCAGCUCCCUCCCAGGCUGCCCCUCUACACGACCAUGUUGACACCCCCAGAGAUGUCACGGGUCCCCAGCUAGCCCCGCCCCUGGAGUGGGGGCCAGGGAUGGGCAGGUGGGUGGACAGCUGGACACUGGACCCGGAAGAAGAGGGGAGGAGGUGGCUGGGACCAACGAGAAGCUGCCUCUGGGAACACCCAGGUGGCCCUUUUGCAGAGGCAGAGACGGGCAUCUUACUGGAGUUGAGGGCCGAAGAGUCCCUGCUGAGCUGGUGGAGAGGAGGUGGGUUCCAGCCCCCAGCUCCAGGGCUCUGCAUCUCGCCCAGCUCGGCGCCCUGCUCAGCCUGUGCCCCAGCGGGAGCCGGAAAACCCAGCCCAGAGAUGCCGAUGGGGGUCCCCGCAGGGAAGUCGGUGCUGGCGCUACUCGCCUUCUGGGCCCUGGCCUCGUGCUGCUUUGCUGCUUACCGCCCCAGUGAGACUCUGUGUGGCGGGGAGCUGGUGGACACCCUCCAGUUCGUGUGUGGGGACCGCGGCUUUUACUUCAGACUUCCAGGCCGGCCGGCAAGCCGCGUGAGCCGCCGCAGCCGUGGCAUCGUGGAAGAAUGCUGUUUCCGCAGCUGUGACCUGGCCCUUCUGGAGACCUACUGCGCUACCCCCGUCAAGUCCGAGAGGGACGUGUCGACCCCUCCGACCGUGCUCCCGGACAACUUCCCCAGAUACCCUGUGGGCAAGGUCUUCCAAUAUGACGCCUGGAAGCAGUCAACUCAACGCCUGCGCAGGGGCCUGCCGGCUCUCCUGCGUGCCCACCAGGGUCAUAUGCUCACCAUGGAGCUCCAAGCGUUCAGAGAGGCCAAGCGCCACAACCCAGUGGCCGCCCUGCCGGCCCAGCACCCCACUGCCCACGGGGCCGCCUCUCCCGAGGUGUCCGGCAAUCAGAAGUGAGACAAAUUGUCGUGAUUCUGUGAGAUGGCACCGUCCACCUUGUGCCCUUCUCUUGACCAGGGGCCUUUCCACCAGGUCAUGCCUCUGAAACCGCUUUGUACCGUCUUCCCUCAGCGGGCUCCCCGACACUACCCCCGGGCCCCCACCCCCCCAGGUCAGGCUGUUCUCUCUUCUGCCCCCUUCAUCGGGCAGAGGGAAUCUUAGCAACAUCUUUAAAGACGUACAAACCAAUUGACUUUAAACGACCCCCAAAUUACACAACGAAAAUUCAAAACCAUGCCCCCUGGAAUCACAUACACACCAGCCCCCUUAAAACUAACUGGCUUUUUAGAAACACCAGGAAAGCUAAUUAUUGUAAAGAAAAAAAAAAACCCUGAAAAAUCCAAUUGGCUGAAAAAAUACUAAAUAUGAUUUGGCUUAAAAACAAUUGGCAAAAUAAAAUAAUUUACAGUACCCCUGCCUUCCUUCUCUUCCCCUCGGACCUCAAGUCAAAUUGACACAGGCUUCAGUUCCGGGCUAUCCAGGAGGAAGGAAGGAACCCCAAAACCUGCUAAGUAGGCAUGUCUUUGCUCCUCAGCCACCUCCCUCCUCAGGCGGACACCUUUGGUGUGACUGGCCAUUCCCAGGACAGCCAACCCGAACUCAUUCUUCCCUCGGCUUCCCGUCCCUGACAGUCACCCUGGUGCUGAUUGGGGGAACCCAGUGAGCCCGAAGCGGGGGAAGUGGAGCAUGAAAGCUAAAAUCCCUGCAAAUAAAAUUUGUGUUUGGCAGAAACCCCACAUACCCUAAAAUCCAUCUUCCCUACCGAAACCCACACCCCCAGCCCCAGCAUCCUACAUCUCAGUCCCCACCUGGGAUGCGCCUGAGGGUGGCAGGGUGUGCGUUCUAGGCUGAGGUGAUCUUCCAUCUUUCCAGGGUGAGGGAGGUGCCCCCUCCUUCUUGGGGCCUGUCCUCACAUUCCCCGAAGCACGAACCCUGAUGCCCCCAGACGCAUCCCAUCACCGUGUAGAGCAAGGGACAGGUUUGGCCAGACAGGAGGUGGCAUGACCGAGCAAGACACGCCUUACUGGCCCCUUGGUGUGCCCCUGUGAGACAGGUCUGGGGACCCCCCCCCCACCCCGAGCACACCCGGGGAUUGUCUGGGCCAGCCUCCCGGAAUGCCUACCAGGAGUGGGGGCCCCCAGGAGGCUGGCUGAGAUGAUGGGGAGCGUGGGAAGUCUGGCGGCCAGAGGGGUGGGUGGGGGGUAGUAGGGGCUGAGUGGGGGCGCUCUGGGGAAGGACGUGGACCAUGGAGGUUUGGAGCAGAGAAGUCUGGAGGAGUGAGUGAUGCUCGCAGAAUUAGAGAAAUCAGGGCUCCAAAUUGACGCCAAUUAUCUAUUGCCCCUCUUUAAUUGGUUUCUCCUGGGGCUUUUUUCCUUUUUUUUUUUUGUGGAUCCCUCCUUAGCUUUUCACGCGCUCAUAAACCAAAUUAAACUUACCCCUGUCCCUGUAAUGGGGAGCAGUGACAAGGCAAGGGCACAAAGCCAACCUCGCGCCUCUGCGCGGAGCCGCACGUCCUGCUUUCUGCCAUUUAUCACCCUCGAUUCGGUUUUUGUUUUCAUCUGUCCCUGUCGCUUGGGUUGAGCUGAGAGUGACCUCUGUGGGGCCUGAAUACUGUGCCCCACGGAGAAGUCAGGGGAAUAGAGAUGACUGCUGCCUGGCCUGGCUUCCAGGAACAGUGGCUGGUCCCCAGGGGUCAUGGGGGUGGAGGAGGGGCACAGUGGCCUCUCCUCAGGUAUCAGGAAGGUGCAUAGAGGCCACUAGAAUGGAGCCCCAGCUCACCUGAGGCCGGCCGGGGUCAGGGAGGGGGCCGUAGAAGUGUGAGCAGAAGGGCUCCCUCCAUCAGGCCAGAGCAGGCGGUCCCCUUCCAAGCACUUGGGGAGUCCACCACCAGCCCUUUGGUGACAUCUUGCCUGCCUCUUCAGUACCCUGCCUUACCCCCAGGAGGCGUGGAGCUCCGCUGGGCCUCCUGGGGGCCGGGGGUGUGAGGUCGGGGAGGAGCAGAGGCCAGGAGGGCACCAGCCACGCAGAGCAAGAGAACUGCCAGGUUGGCCCAUCAACUGGGCUCUCUGGGGCCCCAAGGCCCACAGGUCUGGUGAUACCAAAUCGCUACCACCUUGGUACCUAGGGCUGCAGCAGGGACCCCAGCGGCUGGGAGGUCUACCUCACCCCCACUUCUGCCCCCAGCACAGUCCCCUUGCACAGCAGCCUGGGGGCUCAAGGCACCUGGGCCCUGGUGAUGGGGCUGGCAUGACCCCGGGGGCGGUCCAGCCAGCCCGCCUGCAGCACAGAGGGUCCCUUGGCAAGAACCUGGGCAAGGGGCCAUUCAGACCAUUGCAUAGAAGGCCAAAGAGGCAGAUUGUCCUCGUUGGAGAGCCCAGAGAGGCCAGCCUGAGAUCCAGAAAGACGUGCCCCGAAUUGCAUACCUGUUCAGAUGGAUGCCCAUCCCGCCCAGGGUUACGUUCGGCCUCACCAGGGAUGGGGGUACUCAGGGCAUCUGCUGAUGCUCCUGUGUCCCUCAGUGAGCAGUUCCCUGCCAGCCAUCUGCCAUCUGAUCCGGGCUGCCCUUCUGGUCUCCCGUGCCCUGGUGUGGCCAUCCAUCCGGUCUCUUCCCCAAGUCUCCCCCAAAGUGUCUUAAGCAGGACCCCUCUUGAGUCCCUCCUUGUACCAUCACCUGAAGACACCCACAUGCCAAGAAAAGAACGUCACCUGCCUCUGUCCCCCCCAUCUGGCAGUGGCCCAGGUUGGCCUCCACUCGACCCCUUUAACAUGCUGAUAUUUCUGGCAAAAUCCAUUGCUUGGGUUUUGUCUUUAACCUUGAACGCUCGCAAUCCCAAUAAAGCAUUCAAACUUA